AUGGGUAGUAUGAUGAGCACCCGGUUUGAGUCAAUCGCAUCCAGUACCACAGGGCAGAAUAUUCCCGAAUCAGUUCUCAACUUGAAGCAAGACGACUAUCGACGUUUGGCCGAUGACACAUUGGAACUGAUUUCGACGGACCUCGAGGAUUUCUUUGAGGAUAAGAAUAUUCUCGAUGCCGAUGUGGAGAACAGCGCUGGAAUCCUCACUAUCAACACUACAAAGGGCAUUUAUGUCAUUAAUAAGCAACCUCCUAACAAACAACUCUGGCUGAGCUCACCAUUGUCUGGUCCUAAAAGGUUCGACUAUCUGGAUAAGCAGUGGAAAUGUAUGAGAAAUAAUCGGAAGCUAUAUGACAUUCUUAAGGAGGAAGUGAACCAAAUUUUCGGAGAUUUUCAAUUCUCUGAAGAGUUCUAA